UCAGUGCGAACAAGUCGAGUCAACGUUGAGGUUCAGUCUGGUGUGCCACAGGAACCUGCAAUCAAAAUUCAAAUCGAAAUCAAAAUCAAAAUGAAUCACCUACAAGGAUCCCUGCUGCUGGUGCUGCUCCUGCUGGGCGCUGCCGCCCCCAGCCGGGCGGGUCUCUUCGACUGCGAGGACAAGGUGCCCGGCCUGAGCGAUCUGAAUGAGAAGAUCUCGGAGAUAUCGGGUGGGAGUGGCAGCAGCGAGCACGAGGUGCGCGACUUCUUCAAGAACUUUGGCUGCCACAUCAAGGAGGGCGCCAAGAAGCUGGGCGAGAAGGCCAAGGAUCUGGGCACCGAGCUGAAGGAGGGCGCCCAGAAGCUGGGCGCCAAGGCCAAGGUUCUCGGCAGCGACAUCAAGGAUCGCUUCGACGGCUUUCGCGAGAAGCUCGCCAAGGACUCGGUCGAAGAGAUGUCAAAGGAUCGCGGCUUUCUCGCCAACGUCGAGGUCAUCAAUCCGGACAUCCUCAAGGGCGAACAGCAAUGCGGCCACGGACACAUCCUCGAUGCCUUGGGCAACUGCAGCAAAUUGAGGAAGUAGAAGCUGGCAAGUGUCCACUAGGGACUCCUCUUUGUACAUAUUUUUUAAGUAUUGUGAGCGACU